UUGAAAAUUCGUAUUUGGCGACGCGGUGUCGAUCAAGCAAAUUCAGCUGCCGGAAGAACAUCAAUUUGGAGGGGAGAGCCGUUUCCGAUCUGCCGUUCAGAUUUCCAGCCAACAACCGUUUUCUCCUUCUACUGUUCAACGACGCCGCAAUUCUGGAAUCAAAACAUUUUCCCGGAAUUUCCAAUGGCUUCGCCUGCCUGUUCCAUUGUUUCCGAGAUCUGGUAGCUUUUCUCAUCAUUCUUAACUAAUCACUUGCAAAGUUCAAGAUGUGCCAUGAUAACUUCCACGUUCAUUCCUUAGAAGUGGCAACUACAGCUGAAGAUAGUCUCCUAAUAUAUUGCAAACCAGUUGAACUAUACAACAUUCUUCAUCUUCGUUCCCUUAACAAUCCUUCUUUUCUUCGACGUUGUUUGCUUUACAAGUUACAAGCUAGGCGAAAAGAGAGGGUGAGCACUGGAGUUGUAAUUUUCAACUAUAGGGACUACAACAACAUUGUGCGAAAAACGGAAGUGACUGAAGACUUCUCAUGUCCAUUUUGUUUGAUGCUAUGCGCAAGCUUUAAGGGUUUGCGCUACCACUUAUGCUCUUCCCACGAUUUGUUCAACUUUGAAUACUGGGUGUCUGAAGAAUAUCAGGCAGUGAAUGUCUCUGUGAAAAUUGAUGUCUUUAGAUCCGAGGCUGUAGCAGAUGGAGUAGACCCGCAAAUACAGACUUUUUUCUUCGGUUCAAGGCCACGAAAGCGCAAGUUAAAGAACUCUAUUCAGAAUGGGAAUUAUGUGCAAUUCUUGGAGAUGGACUCACCUAGACCUGCCGCUGAAGGUGCCAAUGGGUCUAUUGGGAAUAACGCGGAUGGGGUAUCCUGUGAAAAAGAGGGCAGCCAUUCAUUCCCGAUUGAGACUUAUUUGCAGAAUGCACAGCAAGAAGGAGAAAAUAUUGGUCCUGAAUGUCCUACCUCUAUAGAGUGCAUUGAACGUGUUGCAUCCAGCUCAAGUAUUCCGGGUGUCUCAAUGGCUAUCAAUCAUUCUUCUACGGGUCCUGAAUGUUACAGAUUACUGUCUGGAAGUGAUCCUUUACAACCAGCCAAAUCAAGGAAAUUGACGGUAGAACGAGACCCUAGAAACCGCAUGCUAUUGCAGAAACGGCAGUUUUAUCACUCUCACAGGGUUCAGCCUAUGGCACUAGAUAAAGUACUAUCUGACAAAGAUAGUGAGGAUGAAGUCGACGAUGACAUUGCGGAUUUUGAAGACCGAAGGAUGCUUGAUGAUUUUGUGGAUGUCACCAAAGAUGAAAAGCGGCUUAUGCAUCUAUGGAACUCCUUUGUAAGAAAGCAAAGGGUGCUGGCUGAUGGUCAUGUUCCUUGGGCGUGUGAAGCAUUCUCGAAACUUCACGGGCAAGAGCUCGUCUUGUCUCCGGCUCUCUUUUGGUGUUGGAGGUUAUUCAUGAUCAAGCUCUGGAAUCACGGCCUUCUCGAUGCUUCUACCAUGAACAACUGUAAUUUAACUCUUGAAGGGUUCAAAGAUGAGAGUUCGGAUGCGACGAAAAAUUGCAGAAGAGAUGACGAUUAGCGGUUUCUUCGACUAGUAUUCUUAUUGUUCAUUAACUAAUCAUUUAUAGGUUGGAGUUAUUUCCUUUACAUUCAUUAUUCAUGUGAGUUUACUUUCUUUCCUAACUUCUAUUGAAUGAAGAAAUAUUAUAUAUAUAUAUAUUGAACGAA